ACGUGACUUCACUUUUGGCGCUCCAUUCAAGACGUCCAUUUCUCAGGGCAGGGCUGUUGUUCAAGUUUCUCUUCUAAAUUCCCCCAAAAUUCUUACCUAUUUCCAAGAUGUACGUCCUUAAGAGAGAUGGCCGCCAAGAGAAGGUCCACUUUGACAAGAUCACUUCCCGGAUCCAAAAGCUCUGCUAUGGGCUUAACAUGGAUUUCGUCGACCCCACCAAAAUCACCAUGAAGGUCAUCAACGGCCUGUACUCUGGGGUGACCACUGUUGAGUUGGACACCCUGGCCGCAGAGACGGCUGCCACCAUGACCGUGAAGCACCCAGACUACGCCACUCUCGCUGCCCGCAUCGCCAUCUCCAACCUGCACAAGGAGACCAAGAAGGCUUUCUCUGAUGUCAUGGAGGACCUGUACAACUGGGUGAACCCCAAGACUAACCAACAUUCCCCCAUGAUCUCCAAGAAACUCAUGGACCUUGUGCAGAAGAAUGCAGAUAGGCUGAACUCUGCCAUCAUCUAUGAUCGUGACUUCAAGUACACCUACUUUGGCAUCAAGACUCUGGAGAGGUCCUACCUUCUCAGGAUAGAUGGCAAAGUUGCGGAGCGCCCACAACACAUGCUGAUGAGGGUAGCUUUGGGAAUCCACUAUGAGGACCUCGAUGCUGCCAUUGAGACGUACAACUUGAUGUCCGAGAAGUGGUUCACCCACGCCUCUCCAACUCUCUUCAAUGCUGGCACCAACAAGCCACAGCUGUCCAGUUGCUUCUUGCUGACGAUGAAGGAUGAUAGUAUUGAUGGUAUCUAUGAGACCCUGAAGCAGUGUGCACUCAUCUCCAAGUCUGCUGGGGGCAUCGGGGUCAACAUCCACAAGAUCAGGGCUUCUGGCAGCUUCAUUGCCGGGACUAAUGGGACAUCUAACGGUCUGCUCCCCAUGCUGAGAGUCUUCAACAACACGGCACGUUAUGUUGACCAGGGAGGAAACAAGCGCCCUGGUGCCUUCGCUAUGUACCUGGAGCCUUGGCACGCAGACAUCUUCGAGUUCCUGGACGCUCGAAAGAACACGGGGAAGGAGGAGCAGCGCGCACGAGACCUGUUCUACGCCAUGUGGAUCCCGGACCUGUUCAUGAAGCGUGUGGAAGAGAAUGGUGACUGGACGCUCAUGUGUCCGCACGAGUGUCCCGGCCUCGAGGACUGCUGGGGGGAGGAGUUCGAGAAACUGUACACAGGCUAUGAGAAGGCAGGUAAGGGACGUCGGACUGUGAAAGCCCAGCAGGUUUGGUACGCCAUCAUUGAGGCACAGACAGAGACAGGAAACCCCUACAUGCUGUACAAGGACGCCUGCAACGGCAAGUCUAACCAGCAGAACCUCGGCACCAUCAAGUGUAGCAACCUCUGCACCGAGAUCGUGGAGUACACAAGCCCAGAUGAGGUUGCGGUGUGCAACCUUGCAUCCAUCGCAGUCAACAUGUACGUGAAGCCAGACGGGACCUACGACUUCCAGAAACUGUUGGAGGUCACCAAGGUCAUCACACGCAACCUGAACAAGAUCAUCGACGUCAACUACUACCCCGUUCCCGAGGCUGAGAACUCCAACAAGAGGCACCGGCCCAUCGGUAUCGGUGUGCAGGGCCUGGCAGACUGUUUCAUCCUGAUGCGUUACCCCUUCGAGAGCGAGCAGGCCCAGCACCUGAACAAACAGAUCUUCGAGACCAUCUACUACGGAGCCAUGCAGGCCAGCUGUGAACUCGCCAAGGAGCUGGGUCCCUACCAGACAUAUGAGGGCUCUCCCGUCAGUAAGGGCAUCUUCCAGUACGACAUGUGGAACGUCACCCCAACUGACCUCUGGGACUGGGCUACACUCAAGGAGCAGGUGAAGCAGCAUGGUGUGAGGAACAGCCUGUUGUUGGCCCCCAUGCCCACAGCCUCCACUGCACAAAUCCUGGGGAACAACGAGUCCAUCGAGGCUUACACCAGCAACAUCUACACCAGGAGGGUGCUGUCUGGAGAAUUCCAGGUUGUGAACCACCACCUGAUGACUGACCUGACAGAACUGGGACUGUGGAACGAGGAAAUGAAGAACAUGAUCAUUGCUAACAACGGCUCAGUGCAGAACAUUGAGGUGAUCCCUGAGAAUAUUCGCACCCUGUACAAGACCACGUGGGAGAUUUCGCAGAAGAUCGUGAUCAAGAUGGCGGCUGAUCGCGGCGCAUUCAUCGACCAGAGCCAGUCCCUCAACAUCCACAUCGCUGAGCCCAACUACGGAAAGAUCACCAGCAUGCACUUCUAUGGCUGGAAGCUGGGUCUGAAGACAGGCAUGUACUACCUCCGCACACGCCCCGCUUCCAACCCCAUCCAGUUUACCGUGGACAAGACGAAACUGGCACAGUCCACUACUCAGGCAGACAAGGAGAAACAACGGGCUGCCAUGGUCUGCUCUCUCGAAAACAAGGACGAGUGUCUGAUGUGUGGGUCCUAAAUAACAUUCUAAUGACAGAAUCUGUCCCAAAACUUGGAAAUAUCAAAGAAAUAUUAAUGUCUUCCAGUUAUGCUGUCUAUGUUUCACCAUGUGCCUUUUUUAUGUGUUGUACAGUUAAGUACAAAUCAUGAAACAAAAUGCAUGUUUGUUUUCAUUUUUCCUCACUUUUCAUUGUUUCAGUUUUGUAAGCUACAUUUCGGUUGAAAUUUUAUGAAACAUCACAUCUAUGGCUGCAAAAUAUGAGAUAAUGAUUUAAUACAUUAUAACAAAUAGUUUACUAAUAGAAAAUACUAUUAUAACGAUAUACAUGUAUUUGUGUUCAUUUUGUUGUAUGUAUACCAAGAAGUGUGAAACUUUGAAAAAUCAGCCAACUUGCCCGCAAUGCAGAAAUGGACUCUUGAAUUCUGUAUUAUAUAUUUGUACAGUUGUGUGUGUACCACUAUAGUCACCUUAGAUACAUGUAUGGAAAGUCAUUUUCCAAGUUUGUGCCAAACAAACUUGAAAGCCUGGCGUAUCAGAUUGAAGGCUUGCAUGUCAUAUUAGAGUAUGCUUCAUUGUAUAUUAUGCUAUCUUAGUUUAUGUUAUAAGAGUAUAGAGAUAGUUGAAAUGUCUGAGGUAUUUCUAAAUCUGUUGGCCAGUGCUGUGGUGGUCAACGGACAUUGUUUCACCGCUACACAAAAACUAUUCUUUAUGACACUUAAAAAUACUGACAGGCACUUGAAUAUGAUGAACUUGGUAGGUGUGUGCAUAUUUUCUGUAACUGUGGUGUCUUGGUAAAGAUGACUUGUGCCAUUUUCCAGGCAGUGUGCAAGCACUGCCUCAAAGAAUGCAGUCCUGUACGUGUAUUUGUUGGACAGUGGUUGGAAUAAAGGCUACUUUCAAGUCUUAAAAAAUCAA